AUGUGGGGAUCUUUUCUGGGGCUACGGGGCCUUUGCCGACAUUAUCUUUUUUUUGUUUUUGUUUCUUCAUCUUUUAUUUGGUUGUAUUCUCGUGUUUCGCACAUCGGCCCGGAAGCGUCUCCUUCUGCGUGUUUGGAUCUGGGGGGGGGGGGGGGGGGGAGCCGACAAGCCCUCACUAUGCCGUCACGAAGGUUCAAUGCACGCCGUGGGAUGAUUGCAGCGCGUCGUGGAUUUUUCACGGCCACGUCGCCGUGCCGUCAAUCUCGAUUGGUUCCUUUUCACGAACUUUUCGCGCCGCUGUCGUCGUCGUCGUCUUCGCCGAGCUUGCCAAGGCGCUUCCCGGUUCACAGCGUUUGCGUGGAUCCUCCAUUGGGCACAUUGGGGGAGCUUUCACGGAGUCAAGGAGCGGGGGCGGAGGACGGCAGUCCGCUCAGUUGGCUCCGUCAAAAUCUUCAGCUUUUGGAAGAUGGGAGGAAAUCCAUUAAUGAGCGUAGGGUGAGCAUGCCAGAGGGAAGCCCACAGUGGCCGCGCUACAUGUUUCCCUCUCACUGCUGUGACUAUAUCUACGAUCCUUCAAACGAUUCAAAGCUUGCAUUUGUGACAUCAGACAAUUACUGCCACUUAUGCCACGAACCGGUGGAGGUGGCGAUUCAACAUUGUGCCUGGUGGGACCACGUGACACGGCUGGCAGCCAUUCGUCUUAUCGCAAUUUACCCCCGCCGUUGGAGUCCCGUUGCCGUCCUACGGGAGGCGAACGAAGUACUCCCCACUGCCGUCAUGGUGUCACCCCGGCCGCAUCCAUUUUUGUCCUUUUCGGAAGCGGUGGAUGCCGAUGAUGUCUCUUUGAUGGACAUGAGCUCUUGUUAUGUUUUUGAAAGGGAGGCGGUUGUGCGGCGAGCCGAGUUGGCGGCAAUCCUGCGUGUCUUGUGUACCGCAAAGGACGCCGACAGCUGUGAUGAUGCGGAGCAGCGUAUCUCCUCGAUCAUUCCUGUGCUUCGAGAGUCGCUGUUUCUUUCACCAAACGGUACUCCUGCGGCAAGCUCGGGGGAGCGGACCUUUCGUGCCUACAUUAGCCGGCAAAUCAGUGUGUUUCUACCGCCCAUGGCACCGGAGCCCACGACGCGGAUACAGCAACGUUGUUGGGGGCGGAAAAACUUGGAGAUCAUGUUUGACCUGCUCGGUGUGGCGUCACUGCAGAGAAUUGCCGGAGCGCCUGUUGAGGCAGUGACAAAGAAUGAGAAGGCGGCAGUCCUUCGGCAAAUCAUUUACGAACUAGCGACGGUCCUUUCGGAGGGUGACGCGGAAUUCGCAGAAACUUCUUGCGCCAAAACAAACGGCACGUCCUCAGUCGAUGCGAAGGUGCAAACCCGUUUGCUUGCGGAGAUGGCGCUGCAGCGCCUCGCACAUGAGUUGAUUCAUCUUCACACGAUGUUGCUGAUGGAUCAGGCGUAUGAGACCUAUGUGAAGCUGGGAUACCCGAGCGAGGGGAUGCUGGAGAAGAGUGGCUUCUGCUGA